AUGCACGCACUUUCUACACUCAUUCCGACCUUGGGUCUCUUUGCCCAGUUUACUACCGCAGCUUACACACUGCUCGAUGACUAUGGCACCGACGAGUCGUUUUUCAACAAGUUCGACUUUUAUACGUCGACCGACCCCACCAACGGCUAUGUGAACUAUGUGGAUAACUCGACCGCCACUUCUGAUGGCUUGGUCAGUGCCUCGGGUAGCUCUGUCUAUAUUGGCGUUGACCACACCAACGUGGCCAGCGGCAACGGUCGCAACAGCGUCCGUCUGACUAGCACCAACACUUACAACGAGGGCCUGGUGAUUCUGGACUUGGAGCACAUGCCCGCUAGCGUCUGCGGUACCUGGCCAGCUUUCUGGAUGCUGGGCUCUGACUGGCCCAACAAUGGCGAAAUCGAUAUCAUCGAGGGCGUCAACCAGGGUACCACCAACCAGAUGACCCUGCACACCAGCGACGAUUGCUCCAUCACCAACUCCGGCUUUACCGGUACCCUGGACACUAGCAACUGCUAUGUUGAGGCUUCCGGCCAAUCCGCAAACUCCGGCUGCGCUAUCGUCAACAGCGAUACUUCGUCUUACGGUGAUGGAUUCAACAACGCCGAUGGCGGCGUUUACGCGACCGAAUGGACCGACAGCGCUAUCAACAUUUGGUUCUUUGCCAAUUCCAGCAUUCCCUCCGACAUCACCAGCGGUAGCCCCGAUCCUUCGGGCUGGGGUACCCCCGCCGCCAGUUUCUCCGGAGACUGUGACAUCAGCUCGCACUUUAAGAACCUCCAGAUCGUCUUCGACAUCACUUUCUGCGGCGACUGGGCCGGCGACGUCUGGUCCAGCAGCGGUACCUGCUCCUCUUAUGCCAGCACCUGCGACGAUUACGUCCAGAACAACCCUUCUGCAUUCGAGAGCACAUACUGGAGCAUCAACUCGCUCAAGGUCUACCAGGACAGCACCACCUCCAAGCGCGACGAAGUUCCCCACGCCCACGCUGCGGCCCACGCCAACUACGGUCGCACCGCCGAGCACAUCCGUUCCCCCCACCGUCCGGCCUGGAAGCACCGCCGUGACGGUUUCAAGCAUGGGUCCGGAUUCUAG